UUCAUGUGACGGGACGUCGUCAAAGUUUACAAAAAGAAACCAGCUUGCGCUAUUUAAAUACAUAUCGUCACAGCUCGUGAGCCGCAGUCUACGAUGCUUAUCCUGGGAACAUUAGCAACGUCAGCCCGGUAAAAACGUUAGCACGGUAACAUUAACAGCGUUAGCCCGGUAACGUUAACUGUUGGUAGCCUGGCGUCCGGUAACGUCAGUGUGAUACCUCUCCUCCGGUUCGGUACCAUGGAGCAGGCGGCCAGCGUUAACGCAGACCCGGCGCAGCGCUCUGACAGUAACGGCAGAUGCUCAAAAUGGCGGAACUGGACUGGAUUCUGGCUCCUCGGGUUGUGCAACAACUUUGCCUAUGUGGUAAUGCUGAGCGCUGCACAUGACAUCCUCAAAAAGCAAGCGUCAGCGAACGCCACUUCACCUACUCCAUCCCCGCUGACUGUGGAUGUCCAGCUGGGAACAAGCAGCAACAGCAGCAGCCCCUACGACUGUAACCCUGUUUCUACUGCGGCUGUGCUGUUAGCGGACAUCCUCCCAACGCUCCUCAUCAAGCUGGCGGCUCCCUGUGUCAUCCACAAACUGCCUUAUGGUUUCCGGGUGUUGUUCUGCGCCCUGAUGGCAGCCACAAGUUUCCUCCUGGUGUCCUUCUCCUCAGCGAUGUGGAUGAGCAUUCUGGGAGUGAUCUUUGCCAGUAUCAGCGCAGGACUGGGAGAACUGUCCUUCCUCUCCCUCACUGUGUACUUCAGCAGGGAUGUGCUGGGCGCCUGGGGCUCAGGCACCGGGGGAGCUGGUGUCGCUGGAGCCUUCCUGUACUCGGGACUCACCCAGGUGGGCCUGUCUCCCCAGGUCACGCUCCAAAUCAUGCUGGUGGUCCCGUUCGCUUUGUUGGUCAGCUACUUCUUCCUGCUGGCUCCUCCACCUACUCUCCCUCAGUGGAGAGAGAAGCAGUAUGCUGCGGUGGUGUCAGAGGAGAGGCAGCAGCUGAUGGAUGACUCGGAGGAAGAGGAGCAGGGAGAGUCAACCCCAGGGAACAGGAGCAGCGGACCGCUCACCCCUAAAGAAAAACUUCAUGUCAUCAGAGGCCUAAUGAGGUUUGUGUUCCCGCUGGGACUGGUCUACUUCGCUGAGUAUUUCAUCAACCAGGGCCUGAUGGAGCUCCUGUAUUUCCCCAAUGUGUUUCUGUCUCAUGCAGAGCAGUACCGCUGGUACCAGACGUUGUACCAGGUUGGUGUGUUGGUGUCUCGAUCAUCCCUGUGCUGCAUAAAGAUCAGGAAACUGUGGGCUCUCUCUUUGCUCCAGGUAGUGAACGCGCUGCUGCUCCUGCUGGCGGUGCGUUUUCACUUCCUGCCCAAUCCCUGGACCGUGUUCGCCAUCAUCCUCUACGAGGGUCUGCUGGGCGGAGCGGCCUACGUCAACACCUUCUACUUCAUCAGCAAGGAGUCUGAAGACAGACACAGGGAGUUUGCCAUGGCUGCUGCCAGUGUAGGAGACAGUCUGGGCAUCGCUCUGGCUGGACUCGCUGCUUUCCCCGUGCACAGAUACUUCUGUUCCCUAUGACGCAGCCCACACACACCUCCACCAUGAAUCAGCAGGAAGUGGGUGGGUGCCUGCUAUUUCAGGGAUUGAAAACAGGAGACUAAAUUCCUACAUAAAAGUGGUGGUGGAAACACUUUUGACCUACUUCUACUACUGAUCAACUACUGCUGCUUUUUGGGAAGCACACUUCUGAUUUGGAGCCGGUUUCCCAGUAUUUCUUUACAGAAGGCAUGGUGAAAGCUAACUCAAAUGAAUAAUGCAAAAACGGUAUUAGAAGUCUGUUGCCGGCAGAAAAUGAUUGCAGACUUGUAGUGCAGUAACCUCUGUGACUAAAACACUUUUUCUUUAGCUGCUUUGCAAGUUAAAGAGGCCCUUUAUGCUUUUGGGGUUAUCUUUCCUUGGGUUCAAGAGUGAAAAACGUUGAAUAUGAAGAAGCAAAUGCAUGUCAGGAAAUAUCCAGUUCAUGUCGUAGCAGUCGUAGUUAGGCUGAAUGAAGAAAUGUAAAAAAAAUAUAAUAAUAUCCCAUAAUCUGAAUUAUUUCCGUACAACAGGACAUAGUAGAUCAUCUUCUUUUCAAACAUAACACUGAAUCUGUCUGUCAUUUAUCUUACUAAGGUUAACAUUAUACAACCAUGUUAAGCUUUUAAUCCAAAAAAGUAAUACAACACAAUUCUGUACUGAAGGCUAAAAUGUAAUUAGACAUUUUCAAUAUUUUAAUUGAUAUGAUGUUGUGGGACCUUUAAUCUGUUUUUACGUUAUUGCAUUUUGCUAAAGUGUCCUUGAUACUGACACAGUUGACACUUGACACAGCUAUUGAGUACUGACUGUUUGUGGUUUAACACAUCAAAGUGAUGUUAACAAAGGAAGUUAAAAGGUUUUUUAGUGCCUUCUUUAUUAGAAGCAGGUCAACUGACUGACGUGUGAUGUUGCUUCUCUGUCUAUGGUACUGUUGCAACGGGUCGCAUGCCUUUUACUACACCUUUCUACCAAAAAUAAAGGUCUUUUGUGUGCUUUAAUAUUGAAUAUACUGUAACAAUAUGAAAAACUGGACUAUGCCCAGAGCUUUAAAAUACUAAUAUUAUUAAAUGUACAUACAUCUUUAUUUAAUUGUAUUGCUUACUUUAACAUCUUAUGUUUAUAUUAAUAUUUUCAUUAUUUUUUAUUUAUUUCUCUUUUUUUUAUAUAUAUAUAUAAUUUUAAAUGGAGCAACUGUCAUAAACCCCAAUUUCCCCCUGGAUAAAUAAAGUAUUCUGAUUUAUGCAUACACAGAUCAUCUGUUUGCAAAUCAAUUAAACAUACAAAUCUGCUUGCUGCCACCUUUGAAUUAUUAUAUUGAAUGAUUUCAUUCCUAGCUAUUUUGCUCAUUUGCACUGCAACUAACGACGGUUACUCUAGACCAUUUUCCCAAUAACUCUAUCUUCAAUAACUCUAUCUUUAAACAUUAAUCAAAUGUCAGAUAAUAAUGAAAAUGCUCAUCACAAUUCACUUAAUGUGACUUCUUCGAAUUGCUCUGUUGGACCAAAAUCGAUGACUGUAUUAUAAUUGCUGAUCCUUUUCUGUCAAAUCAUCUUUUCAGCUCAAGUUUACCUGUAAUUAAAGUGAAAGUUGAGCCUCAUUUUUAUAAACAA